AUGGAGUUUCUGCCGGCCCUCCAGAAUGGCGUCGACGACCUCAAACCCUCCCUUUUCGAGCUGCUCUCGGAACAACAGCUCGCCUCGCUCCUGCCACCCUCGCUCCGCUACCUGCUCGCCAUCUCGACCCAUCGAUACCCGCGCUAUCUGCUUCCCGUGCUCAACUCGUUCGAUGAAGUAUACGCCCUAGUCAUGCUCCUCGUGGAACGCCACUUCCUCCGCACCUAUGGCGGCUCCUUUACCGAGAACUUCUACGGCCUCAAACGCGCCCGCGUGUUGCGCGUCAAGGGCGGAGAGAUACCGCGUGCCCAGCUCGGCGCCAGCGACAGUGUGCGCGAUGCCGUCAAGCUGGGGCCAGCGGAUGUCUGGAAGAACCUCGCUGUCCUCGUUGGCUUGCCAUGGCUGAAGCGCAAGUUGGAUGAGGGCUACGAUGUCCACGCGGCUCAUGCCAACCUCCUCGGCCCUGCCUACCAGCGAGAGCGCAAUAGCCCCACCCCGGGCGCGACCAUCAAGCAGAGGCUCAUGCACUACUACAAAUGGUUUCUGCGCAACAUCUACCCCAGCGUGAACGCGGCCUACUACUUCUCCUUGCUCGUCUUCAACAUGGCCUACCUGUUCGACGGCACCAAAUACCACUCGCCCUUCAUGUGGGCAAUCGGCUCGAGGAUUCGCAGACUGGGCGACGCAGAUCACAAAGCCAUUGCGCUGGCCACAGCCCCCACCAAGGUCAGCCCUGCGCGGCCGGGAGAACGAGGCUCGCUCUUCUCACCCCGAAACCUGGCUCGCACCGUACAGCCGCGGCUGUUGAGCUCCCUCAAGAUCCUCUUGCCCACUAGCAUAUUUGCUCUCAAGUUUCUGGAAUGGUGGCAUGCAUCAGACUUUGCACGCCAAUUAUCGAGGAAAGCGGCCGAGAACAUCGACCUGCCGCCGCCCAUCCUACCCUCAUUACCGCCGACGGCAAAGCAGAUGCUCUCCAACCAGAAACAUGUCUCGGAAAAGAUGUACGAUCCGUCGGCUCUUACGGACAAGCCACAACGCAUCGACCCCCCAAUAUCCUCCUCGACUCUCCUCCCCAUACUGACUGUACCCUCGCCGCCCUCGUCACAAUUUUGCCCCAUCUGCGUCACCCCCAUCAUAACGCCAACAGCUUCGCCAACAGGCUUCGUCUACUGCUAUACAUGUAUACAUCGCUGGGUGGCAGGAGACCAUGACCGCCAAAUUGCAUUCAUGGAAGGCGCGGCUGGCUUCAGGAGGGACGGCCGAGGAGGCGAAAUCGAAGACGAAGGAUGGGGCACCGAAGAAGGUAGCCGAGAGGGGAGGUGGGAAAGUGGAAAGGGAAGAGACGCGGUCACUGGCAGAAGAGUCCUUGGUGGAACGGAAGCUCGCCAUCGUUCCGCCCCAGUGUCCUCUUGGGCCAGUCAUGCUUGGUUUUCAAGGACAUAUAUGAAGAAUCUGCUGGAGGCGGGAAAUCUGCCGGAUCUUCUACCAAUGGCUCCACCAUUAUCUUCGUCUCAGGCGCAUUCCGUACAAGACUUUGCAAACGAUGUCACAUCCCAGAUGGAAGGCUUCGCGCAGUCACAGGACCUUGCCGAAGAGUCCAUCGCCCGAGAUCUAGAGGAGGAUACUUUGGCUUCUGAAGAUGAGGACACUGACGAUUCUUCUUCCGGAUCGUCCACCGUCCGUCAAUUUUCCAUGAUAAAUUCCUACCGUCGGCCGUCAUAUGCCAAUCCUGGAGCCCGAUCCACAGCCAUGACAUCUUCUAGUGUGCCAGAACGCAAAUCCUUGUCCGCCUCAUGGAAGAAGCACAGCUAUCUAUCGAAAAGGGAACGCGAGGCAGUCCGGGAUGAAGAGCGGAGUUUGCUCCGUGAUAACAACUUGAUUCCCUCGAAAGAGCACAGAUCAGGAAGUGCAGGUCCCUCGGAUCGUUUGGGUAAUAAAUUGUCCUUUUCAGGGCUGAGAAGGACGAAAAGUACGCCGGAUGAGGAGUCAGCCAUCGAUCGAGCCUCUGAGCGGACAGCUCUACUAAGAGGUCCGAAUCAAUCGUCGGAUGAGACGUAUGUCACGCCUCGGAAGAUUCAGAAGACUUGGGGCGAAGCGGUAGCUGCCGGAAAGAUCAACACCAGCUGGCAACGAGAAUCCAAGGUUCUCGCAAAGAGCUCGGGGCCACUCAUGUUGACCUUUUUGUUGCAGUACAGCUUACCGGUCGCUAGUGUGUUUACCGUAGGGCACAUUGGCAAGACGGAACUCGGUGCUGUGAGCUUGGCGAGUAUGACUGCUUCCAUCACAGGAUAUGCCGUCUACCAAGGCCUGGCCACAUCACUAGAUACCCUCUGUGCUCAAGCAUACGGCUCCGGACGCCUACAUUUAGUCGGACUGCAACUCCAGCGCAUGUUGUACUUUCUUCUCCUGAUCACAAUUCCAAUCUCCGUGAUAUGGGCCUUUGGUACACAAAUAUUAUCAUUGAUUGUUCCAGAUCAGGAGACCGCACGACUUGCAGGCCUCUACCUCAGAGUCUUGAUUUUCGGAGCGCCCGGAUAUGCCGCAUUUGAGAGUGGUAAGCGCUACGUACAGGCACAAGGAAUCUUCAACGCGACCAUGUACAUUCUCCUUAUCUGCGCUCCUCUGAACGCUUUCUUGAACUGGUUCAUGGUCUGGCACCUUGAUUGGGGCUACAUCGGCGCACCAAUCGCCGUAUCCAUCACCGAGAAUAUUCUUCCCAUAGCCCUGUUUCUAUAUGUGCGAUUCGUCGACGGCUAUCAGUGCUGGGGUGGCUUCGACAGACGUGCGCUGAAGAACUGGAUGCCCAUGAUCAAACUUGCAUUACCAGGUUUAAUCAUGGUUGAGGCUGAAUUCCUGGCGUUCGAAAUUCUGACACUGAGCUCAAGCUGGCUUGGUCCAACUGAGCUCGCCGCGCAGAGUGUACUCGGUACUAUCACCGGAAUCACGUUCCAAAUCCCCUUCCCAAUGAGUGUUGCAGCUUCAACUCGCAUCGCGAACCUGAUCGGAGCCACGUUGGCUGUGCCGGCAAAGACCGCUGCUAAAGUCGCAAUCUUCGCUGCCGUACUAGUCGGUAUUUUCAACCUCCUGUUGUUAUCGAUAUUCCGAGAAGCCAUUCCCCGACUGUUCACACCGGACGAAGAUGUCAUCAAGCUUGUGGCCGCACUACUUCCACUGUGCGCAACCUUCCAAGUCUUUGAUGCACUGUCGGCCAAUUGUAACGGCAUAUUGCGUGGUCUGGGUAGGCAAGAAAUUGGCGGAUAUGUUGGCCUGUUUGCGUACUACAUGGUCGGCAUACCGAUCAGCUUUGGUACGGCGUUUGGGCCAUUACAAUGGCAACUAUACGGACUGUGGACGGGGCCGGCGGUCGCUCUUGGAAUUGUUGCAGCCAUCGAAGGGUGGUUCAUCUGGCGUUCGAGUUGGGAAAAGGCGGUCGAGGAUGCAAAGGCCAGGAAUGCUGCCAAUUAG